AUGGAGCCGCGGCCUGAGCGCUGCGAUGCGGUGGCUGUGGUUCUCCUCCUGGUGCUGCUGGGAGCCCAGGGCCAGGGCAGCACAAUGGGCCCUGGGUGUGACUGUGGCCAUGACUCCCAGAAGAGGAAUGGUCUUUUCUGCUGCAGGGGUUGUCCAGCAGGCCACUACCUGAAGACCCCCUGUACAAAGCCCUGUGGGGCUGCCACCUGCCUUCCAUGCCCCCAGGGCACCUUCUUGGCCAGGGAGAACCACCAUGAGACCCGCUGUGCCCGUUGCCAGGCCUGUGAUGAGCAUGCCUUUCAGGUCGCCCUGGAGAACUGCUCAGCAGUGGCAGACACCCGCUGUGGCUGCAAGCCAGGGUGGUUUGUGGAGUGCUUGGUCAGACACUGCAGUGUUGGCUCACCCUUCCACUGCCUUCCGUGCUCAGACUGCAGGGCCCUGCACCGCCACACACGCAUGCCCUGUUCAGGCAGAGACACCGACUGUGGGACCUGCCUGCCUGGCUUCUACACACAUGGUGACAGCUGCACGCCCUGCCCCACGAGCACCCUUGGGAGCUGUCCUGAGCCCUGUGCUGCUGUCUGUGGCUGGAGGCAGAUGUUCUGGGUCCAGGUGCUCCUGGCAGGCCUGGUGGUUCCACUCCUGCUUGGCGUCACACUGACCUAUACGUACCGCCGCUGUCAGCUUCGCAAGCCCAUGAUUCCUGCUGAUCAAAGACCCCAACAAAGGGGUCUUACUAGGCAGACUGACCCUGGGGCCCGUCUAUGCUUCCAGGCCACCAACCCCUCAUCCCCAGACGGCACCCACACCCUUCUGACCCCACCUGGCAGCAGUGAAAAGGUUUGCACUGCCCAUUUGGUAGGCAACGCCUGGACCCCGGUCCCCACACAGAGCCAGGAGGCUCCCUGCCCAGAGGUGCAAUGGUCCUGGGACCAGCUGCCCAGCAGAGCCCUUGGCCCGCCUCUGGGGCCUGCGCUUCCACUAGAGCCUCCUGUAGCCUCGGCAGCAUCCAUGCUCCAGCCCGGCCCGCAGCUUUACGAUGUGAUGGACGCGGUGCCAGCUCGGCGUUGGAAGGAGUUCAUGCGCACGCUGGGGUUGCGCGAGGCGGAGAUCGAGUCCGUAGAGGUGGAGGUCGGUCGCUUCCGCGACCAGCAGUACGAGAUGCUCAAGCGUUGGCGCCAGCAGCAGCCUGCGGACCUAGGCGCAGUCUAUGCCGCCCUAGAGCGUAUGGGACUGGAUGGCUGCGCGGAGGACCUGCGCAGCCGUCUGCAGCGCAGCCCGUGA